ACUAAAGUUUACAACCCUGGGUAAUAAAUUGACAGUUCACAGCUGCUGAAGAAAAGGAAGGCACCUACUUAAAACACUUCAUUUGAAAAAGCAACAAUAUGGCUAUGUUAGCUAAAACAUUUGGACGCACAUUGAUGCAAGGCCUACAAACUUCGGCUGCUCGUUCUAUUCAUACUACAGCUGCUGUCAAUUCGGACCCCGGUGUACAUGGUGGUAACCGUACUACUUGCACUCUUAUUCCUGGUGAUGGUGUUGGUCCCGAAUUGGUUUAUGCCUUGCAAGAGUUAAACACGUCUAUUUAA